AAUUACCUAUGAUAAAGCCGGCAUUAGCGGUGUUUGAGUUACGUUGUUUGAUCGCGAAUGUUUAACCGUGAGUAAUGUCAGCAAUUCUUGAUGGCCGAUAUCUAGCUGGACAUCUCGGCGUUCAAUAGCACAACGGCAACGUCGUCCUCAUGAUUUGCUCGUACGUCAGGUGAGAGACAGCCGCUUUCCGUCGCGAUUUCCCCGGACAUCUCGUCAGUGCGACGACGGUCGCAGCUCUGAAAUGAUGUAUACGUCCAAGGAAAGGUACGCCGUGGUGACGUUCCUUCUGUUUACUCUGGGUCACGGCGUUCCAUUCAGGCAGACGCAGCGAUACAAUGCCGCGGUACCGCCACUUUCGUGGCAUCUCGUGCCACCCUGGGAGUACAUGCUACGCGAGAUUAUCCUCAAAUCGGUCGCCCCGUCGCCGCUGGAUGCCAAUGCGCCCUACAAGCGCCCGUUGGAUGCCACCUAUUACGGCGGGCCGGCCGCCGCGUACUCGGACGACGGCAAGAAUGUCAUUCUGUCGCGUGGAAACGUUUAUCGUCUGCUAAACGGCCACUGGAUGCUAUGCCAGGACGGAUGCGUCGACUGCGAGCCAUGCGCAGUUCAGAGGAAUCCCCUAUUCACGUGGAUUCUGCGGAGGAUCAAGCAACCGCCGAAUUCCAUCCUGGCGCGACACGAUCUCCAGCUGACGAUAAUGCCGCAAGCGAGCGAUCAUUUCCACGCCAGCAAUCUCUGGCCGAAUUACUACGUUUACGUGACGCCACAGGGGGAACGGACGCCGAUCCCGAUGAUUAGAACGCAGCACGACAAUGGCCCGGAAAAUCCUCCGACCGGUCUCGAAAACAACUUUUCCGUGCACCAUCAUCGAUCGAAGAAUUUCGCGCGGUUGACGGAACCGAACUCCGUUGACGGAACGAGCGCCAGUCGGGACGAGAUACCGCAGGAGGAUAACCGCGCUCUCUCCGUUCAAGAGACCGUGAGCAUAGAGACGACCGGGAAAGAGGAAUCGUCCGAGCGGAAGCACGAACUCAGGAAUAUGAGACCUCGACAUCGACCCCGGCUGGGACCCGUGGAGGAAAAACUGGAGGAAGAAGCGAAUCAAUUGACACCGAGGUUGAUCCUGGGAACCGAUCGAAGAGGUCAGAAGCAUUUGAUUCACGUGGUGCCGGCGGAUUAUCCGACGACUACCGCGCUCCCCGCGAUUUCUCUUCUACCGGAUCACCCGAUAUCGCCGCGGCUCGUGGAGGGUCAAACACACUCAAACAACACGAUCCCCGAACGCGAAGGGCAAACUUAUCAACGGAUAUUUCACCGAGUUUUCGACUCCUUGAACACGCACAGGCGAUCGAUCGAAAAUUUCCUCGAGUCACCGGCGGACAACGUAGACGGGCAUCGACUAUCUCCCUCAGCGGAUAAUAUGGAAGUCGCUGGAUUUUCUUGGAACAAUCGUGAUGCAAAUCGCAGAAGUUCUGCGAUUGAUAAUUUGAAUCGUAAUGACGCGCUGUUGCCGCCUUUUUACGCGGGAAAUGAAGAUAGAAAGGAGAAGAAUCAGUACAGAAAUAGGUAUGAUUAUGAACAUAUAAAACGGGACAAUGAUUAUUACACGACAUAUGGAGAUACGUAUCAAGCUAAGAUGUCGCCUAGUCAACCGCAAACGGGUUUUAAUUUGGACGUAGACAGACAGCGGCGAAGAGCACGUGUCAAGCCGUACUCGAUUAAUGGCAAAGAUAGUUCAAGGAUUGAUACAGCGGUAUCAUUACAAAGUUUGGACAAUUAUUCGAUAAAUGCUGCUCAGAAAUCUGGUUCUAGCAAUGGUUUUGUCAUAAAUUCCACGAAACAAAUUAAUCUUAAUGACGCAUUUGUUGAGAAAGCAAAUAACAGUUCCGCGAAGUCGAGUUCGACAAUAAAACGGGAGAACGGACAAUUGUUCGGCUCAGAAAGGCAGAGAAGUGGCGAUGUUAAUCGAGAAUUCGAGGCUUCGCACCAUGCUUUCAAGGUAAUUGUUACCACCGAGUCGCCGGUAAUUCGAAGCGAACACGAAACUUUAAAUCGCACUACAGAAUUACAAAUAACUACUUCGAAGACAUUCGCUAAUAGUUCGUAACCAGCAAGUCGGGAAGAAAGACUAAUAGACAAGUAGAAAGACCAAUAGCGAUAGAAAUGGAAAUUAUACACAGAUAUAACCGUAGUUAUCUUAAUUAUACGUUUAUAUAAUUAUAGAGGAGAUUGCAUGCUUUACUUAAAAUAAUAAAUAUAUUGUUAUAGUACCAUAUAUCGCGUUUAUAUUCUCUUAUAAAUAAAAAUACAUUAAGAUUAUUUGAAAA